AUGUCAGGCACCAAGCGGAUAGAGAAAUGGGAAAUUGACAGAUACUGGGAGAUCUUCUCCUCGCUGGUCCAGCAGCCCGCCACACCCUCCUCGCGCCUGACCAACCAGGCCGCAGCCAAUGUCCUCCGCAACUCGCAGCUGCGGGAUGACCAGCUCGAACGUGUGUGGGAUCUUGCGGAUGUCGAUGGGGAUGGCGAGCUGGACUUUGAGGAGUUCUGUGUCGCCAUGCGACUCAUCUUCGACCUCGUCAAUGGCGAAUACCAGGACGUGCCUCCCAGUCUGCCUGACUGGCUCGUCCCAGAAUCCAAAGCCCACUUGGUCCAGGCGAACCGGGCCUUGACUGGCCACCAACAGGCGCAGUUUGAGAGGAUCGAGGAUGACGAAGAAGACGCUGGGUUGAAGGACGGCUUCGAUUGGUACAUGAACCCUGGCGACAAGCGAAAGUACGAGGAGAUCUACUCUGCAAACAAGGAUCGGAGGGGGGAGAUCAGCUUCGAAAGCCUGCACACGCUCUACUCCAGCCUGGAUGUGCCGGAUACAGAUGUGCGGAGUGCGUGGAACCUCAUCAACACGAGUGGUCGAGAUACCAUCCCUAAAGACGCCUGCCUCGCAUUCUUGCAUAUCCUGAAUUACCGUCAUGAAGGGUAUAGGAUACCGCGCACUGUGCCGCCGAGCUUGAGGGCAAGCUUCGAAGGGAAUAAGAUUGACUACCAGAUUGACAAUGUCAGAAACAGGCCAAACAAGUACGAUGAGGAGACGUCUACAGGACGAAAAGCCAAAUUCGGAGAUGCUUAUUUGAGCCGCAUCGGCGGAAAGGGCGGCUCUUCCUACCAGCCCAAAGGCACCGACUUCUCGGAUGUGGUGGAGGACGAGGACCUGGAGAAAGUCAGGCUUCUACGCGAAUUGCGCGAUUUGGAAUCCCAGCAUGAUGCCGCGGUCGCAGCCUCGGAUCGAAGGCGGAAGCAAAGAUUGGAGAAUGGAGGUCCCAGACAACCGGGGAAAACGAAUUGGACGCUGGUCAAGCGCGAGGCGCAGCAAAUGCUAGAGUACAAGCAACGACAAUACGUUGAGCUCAAUUCAGAAAAUGGGAAUAAGUCAGGCGGUGAUCUGAAGAGACUGAGGGAUGAUCUUGCAUUGGUAUCGGAGCAAAUAGACGGUCUCGAGUCACACUUGAGGAAACGGGAGGCAGAACUGGAAAACCUUCGCCGGGAGAUUGAGAACGAGAAGGCGAGCAGAUGA